UAGACGAUCCUACGCUCGCGAUCGUGCGCCCUUCGUCGUCCGCGAGCUCGCGACGUCCGGAUUCCGGCCCGAUUCGAACCCGAAAAAAAGCGCGUCCAGAGGAGCUUAAAAUGCUUCCGAUUUCGCGCGUGAGUCCUUGACGUAAUCGAGUUCUUCGAUCAAGAAAUUCAAUCGAGAUCAUCAGGUUUUCGGAUGAAAAGAAAAGAUCGAUCGAUCGAUCGAUCUUCGUGACUGCGAGAUUAUUUGCGAGAGUGAGCUGGUGAAAAGAUCGAAGGUGGACGACGCUAUGGAACGUGUCCUCGUAGAUGACGGAUCGCGCGAGACCUCCACGACGAUGCCUCGACGGACUCCCGACUUGUGCGCCGUCACAGUUUGAGGCUGCGAAUCGGCUAGAAGUGAAACAAAGAAGCUGGGCGAGGCGAGAAAAAGUCCCGUUAUCGUUGUGGAAACACACUAUUAGCGUAAGAUAGCGACUCGUCAGAAUAGAGUGACAGAUAGAAUGCGACAGUCGCUCCGCUGAAAUAUAUCGCGACACAAGUUCGCUCGCGAGUUUUCCCGACGACAGAUCCGUAAAAAUUGCAACAACUUAUAUUUGUAUCAUACAGCAAUAUCGCAGUUGCAACGUGGUACAAGUUUUCUUAUUUAAGCAACGGAGAAGCUACAAGUUUUAUAUAUUCGAUGAUUGACAUUUUUGCAAAAAUCCUAGUAAGGAAUUUUGUGAAUAAUAACGUGUUGAACUUUUGUUGCAUUUCGAGUCUGAGAGAUUACGUUAUACCAAGAUUCGCUAUAUAAUUUACAGCAAUUAUUGCACUAUGAUUCUUGUUGCAAGAGAAUGUGAAAUAUUUCAUAGCGGACCCGAGACUUGGUAUAAUUAAUCUGAAAUUUAGGAUAUGGCUUUCCUUAACAAAAAGACUGUUAACAUUUAAAAAUUGUCAAAGAUUUCAUACACGACGAAAAUAUAAAAUACCUUCGAAUGAGGAUGAAUGAUUUAGUUUUACGGUGAAGAAAGAGCUAAAAUUUGUUAUCAAGGAGAUAAAAAAAAACCAUUCUUUCGAUAAAAAAACAACACAACGAUCUUAAGUCAGCGUUCGGAUUUUCAAGAAAGGAUGCUAGCGAGAGGCGGUUUCCGGCAAUCGGUCGCGGGAUCGGGGGCGAAAUAAAAACACCCCGGGGUCACGUCCUAACGCUAAUGAGGCGGCGAUCACGAUGGAGCCACGUGCGAUGAUGAUGUCGAACCUGUCGUGCGACGGCUGCGCGGACAGCGACCGGGACUCGGACAGCAGCAGCAUGAUCGUGGACCCGGUGAGCCUCGACAAGAACGACCUGUCGCCGCCGUCGCAGACGUCAUCGAGCCCGGUGAUCCCGAGCUGUUCGCCGAUCCCGAUGCCGACGUCGGCGCCGGCCGGCAGGAGUCGAGGCGGUAGCAACAGCGGAGGAGGAGGAGGAGGAGGACGUUCCAAGAAGACCUACUCGAUGAUGUCGUCGUCGGGUCAGUCAAACAAAUCCAGCAGCUCGGGUCAACCCUCGUCCGGCUACGGCUCCGAUAAGAUGUCCUCGUCCUUGAUAAAGCCGCCGUAUUCCUACAUCGCUUUGAUCACGAUGGCGAUCCUGCAGUCGCCGCAGAAGAAGCUGACGCUGAGCGGCAUCUGCGAGUUCAUCAUGUCCCGCUUCCCUUAUUAUCACGACAAGUUUCCCGCCUGGCAGAACUCCAUCAGGCACAACCUGUCGCUGAACGAUUGCUUCAUCAAGAUCCCACGGGAGCCGGGAAACCCGGGUAAGGGCAACUACUGGACCCUGGAUCCGCUCGCGGAGGAUAUGUUCGACAACGGUAGCUUUCUGAGACGCAGGAAGCGAUACAAGAGGCCGCCGCCGCACUACGUCCUACGGGAUCGCGCGAUAAUGGCCACCUUCGCCAUCUGCGGCGACCGGGGACCCUGUCCAGGUGGCGGCGGCGGUCAUCCUGGUGCCCUGGCCUACCCCGGGGCCGCUUAUCUGUCACCGCCGCCCGGUCUGCCUCUGCUGGACUUCUCCCCGUCUACUCUGGAGGCGUUGAAGUUAGGGGGUUUCCUGGAACCGCCGCCGCCGCUCUACAAACCCGUUCCCAUCACGGCGCCCCCGAUCAGACAGAUCGAUCCUACCCCCGCCAGGAUCACGACGCUGCCGGCCAGCCACACGAGCAGCGUCGACAAGAGGCGCAACUUUAGCAUCGACGCGCUCAUCGGCAAGCAGGCCGCCAGCGAGCAGAAUUGCGGCGCGUUGCUGGAUCUCAGCCCGUCGGAGCAUCGGGAGAUCAGAAGCCAGGCGUCCGCCUUCUCGCCUCUAGUCUAGGAGUCCUUGUCUCUUCAUCGCGAAAAAAACGACUUUCCUAUCCAGGCUUAUAGCGUAAAAGGCGCUUUAAUCCUCUUGUGUCAAACACAUUGAUAAUCAUUGCUGAAUCGUCGACAGUUAACGAGUCCUCGUGAGAAGAAAUAAGUCACGAGAGAAAAAUGGUAUUCCCUUCUUCGGGGAGGAAGAUUCAUCGGACCAAGGUAGAGUGAACGCUGAACUUUAUCGCGUUAUUUAUCGAAUGGUGAUACCGUAUAUUUCGAGAUCACGUUGGUGAACUGUGCGUCGCUGAUGAGAGACUUGGCUCUAUCGGAAUAUAUUUUGAGGAACGUAGCCUCGAGAAUAACGAGAGAGAAUUCAAUGUAAUGGACGACUUGUGCUCCGAAAGUAUGAUGGUAAUCGAUAUCUCGGCAGAUACUCUCUGAUCGAUGCUGUCCAGGUGAAACAAACAUUUUAAUCAAACUAUUCACAAAUAUGAAAAUUGCUUCUUGUUUUUCAUUUAUUAAUAUAUAUCCAAACAAAAGAUACAUAUUAUUAAA